UCUAUCACUAACUACACUUACUGUCCAAUGAACCCAACCAAUAAACAAUAUCUGUUUAACAUUACAACUACUAAUAAAGCUGGGAAUGGAUCUACUAGUAACACAACUGUUGGAUUUCAAUCAAGGUCACACCUCCAUGAUCAUGGCUCCUUUUCUGUUUGUUGCUGUAAUUAUGGUCUCCCAAAUUUACAUGUCUUAUGCAAGUAUCUUCACUAUUGUACCAGUGACACAAUAUGUAUAUGUCAAUGAUACUGUGACAUUUGAAUGUGCUACUAAUGGUACUGAAUAUACCCUUGUUAUUCUUAUUAGAGGAGUACCACCAUCUUCACUAAAAUCUAAAACAUUACCUAAUGGGGUAAGGUUGCUAUCCUUUAAUCUAACGGCAACUAAUGCAUCAAAUGGAACUGAUGUUACCUGCCUAGCAUUUGGUGAUGAUGGAAAUGCUAAUGAAACUGCCUAUCUUUAUGUUCAAGGUCCACCUGAUAGUGCCAGUAAUUUAACAGGAUAUCAGUUAGAUUCUUGUUGUAUGUUUAUCAGUUGGUAUCCUCCAUUCACACUACCAGGACUAACAGUACAGUAUAUAAUCAGUGUAGGAACUGAUCAAUGGUACCUUAAUGACUCUAUCACUAACUACACUUACUGUCCAAUGAACCUAACCAAUAAACAAUAUCUGUUUAACAUUACAACUACUAAUAAAGCUGGGAAUGGAUCCACUAGUAACAUAACUAUUGGAUUUCAAUCAAGUUCAAAUUUCCAGAUCAUUUAUCAAGAACAUUAUGCUUACCACUUAAACAAUAGUUGGAGUUUACAUUACCUACUAUCAGCUCAUCAGUUGUGUACUGGAGUGUCAGUUGUUAACAUAACAGUAACUGGUUGUACUGUUAGUAGUUUCGGUAGUACUUGUUAUUCAUCAACAAAUGUAUCCACUAGUAGUAGUUCUUAUAAUAACAUUUCACUUGUUGUCGUUAUAAAUCUUCCAUCAAAAAAAAUACUGAACACUAAUAUUAUUUUAUACUAUCAAAAUGGAGCAGUUUUCCAAAGUAACACUAUAGCAAUCAGUACUCAUGAUCUUCAACACAUAGCAGUAGUUAAUGCUAAAUUUAACAUAGUUUGUCUUCAGUUUGAGUUUGUUAAUGGUACCACAACUGAUAUUAUUAAUAUUCACAUCACUAAUUACGAAGAGUCAGUUCAUUCACCAGUGUAUUACAAUAUAUCUCGUAAUGAUCAGUUGAACUUUACUGAGUGUAUCACUAACAUACCAGCUGGUAAUAACUUAACACUGUAUGCAUGUGAAUCAAUGGAGGACUGUACUACUAAUCCUGCUGCUGUAAUAACUGGCAUUGUUAUUCCUGCUUUAGUCUCUAGUAUGCUGACAAGCUACUUAAGCUCACAUGAAGACGCAUUAGGAUCUACUUCUGAUCCCGUCUGCUAUAGUUCAGUAUUUUUAAUGUAUACUUCAACAACUACAGUUUCAUCUACAGUUAGAUCUACCAUGAUGAUAGAGAAUUGUAAUAUAAGGGAAAGUCAAAGUGAGGUACCUGUCACUAGUGCAGUAUUGAUUAGUGUAUUGGGUGUAUUCCUCGUACUAUCACUAAUGAUUAAUGUUAUUACAUUAACUGUGUGUUACUGCAAGAGGAAAGGAAAGAAUGAUCAAAGUUCACAAGAGCAAGAACUAUCAUCAGUUAAUCCACAGUAUGAGAAUGUACAUCUACCAGUUCCACAAUCAGAACUAUCAAUGAAAGAAUGUGCUGCUUAUGGUGUAGUGGAAGGUACUAGGUUUUAAGACUUUGUGAUAAUCAACUAUUAGAGUUUAUUUAAUUUUUAAAGUAAAUUUU